CCCUAUUUAAACCAACCACCCUUCUAUCUCUCUCUUCUCUUCUCUUCUUCUUCUCGAUCUCGAAACCCUAAGGAGACUUCGGCAACAUGGCCUCCCACUCCUCAUCCUCCCCCUCCCCUUCCCCGCCCAACGCCAAGCCCAUCCCCUCCUCCGCCUCCGGCGGCGGCGGCGGCGGAAAGAAGCCCCAGCCCGUUCCGUGGACCCACGAGGAGACGGUCAACCUAAUCCGGGCCUACGGGGAGAAGUGGUACGCCCUGAAGCGCGGCCCGCUCAAGUCCAGCCAGUGGGAGGAGGUCGCCGUCACCGUCGCCGCCCGCUGCGGCUACUCCUACGCCGAGCCCUCCAAGACCGCCACCCAGUGCCGCCACAAGAUGGAGAAGCUCCGCAAGCGCUACCGCGCCGAGAAGCAGCAGCGCGCCGGCGCCGGCGGCGCCUCCGGCUGGCCGUACUACGAGCUGAUGGUGCGGCUGGAGCGCGGGCCCAUGCCGAUCUCGGCGCGGCCGAUCGCCGUGGUGCCGUACGGCGCCAGGAGGGCCGUCGACGGAGGAGGAGGGGACGAGGAAGAGGAAGAGGAAGAGGAGGAGGAAGCCGAAGCCGAAGCAGCAGCCGCCGCCGACGACGGCGACAACGACGGCGACGAGGACUACGAUGGGAAUUACAGCAAGUCGAGGAGCAUAAACCACAUACUGAGGAGGCCGGCGGUGGUGAAACGGUUCCCCAGGGCUCCGGCGGCGGGAGGGGCGAAGAGGAAGAGGGGGGCGGCGGCGGCGGAGCAGAUGGAGGAGGAAUUGGGGGAGGAGGAGGAGGAGGGAGGGAGGAGGAAGAGGAGGAGGAGGGCGGUGUGGGAGAUAGCGGGGGAGAUAAGGGGGUUCGCGGAGAGGUACGUGGGGAUGGAGAACGUGAAGAUGGAGAUGGUGAGGGAGAGCGAGCGGUGGAGGAUGGAGCUGGAGAGGAAGAGGAUGGACCUCAUCGCCGAGUCCCAGGGCAAGAUCCUCGACGCCAUUGCCAAGGCCUUUGCCUUCCACUCUUGACUUUGUUUUGCUCUCUCUCUCUCUCUUCUUUCUUUCUCUUCUUGUAAAAAGGAAAAAUGUCAUUAUUUCAGGCACUCGUUUUUCAGUGUAGAUCGAUGCGAUCGAUCGUUAAUAUUUGGGAUAAGCUGAUGUUCGACAUUCCAUUUGUGGGGUU